AUGAGGCUUCUAAUGUCUUCUUUGGAUCAAGAUGAAGGUGAAAUGAAGAUAUUUGCUAAUUGGAUACUUGAUGUUGGAAAUGGAAAUAUUAUCUCUGUUGUUGGUGAUGAAUCAGAAGUUAAAAUUCCAGAUGAUCUAUUGAUUACAACUACUGAUGAUCCUCUCUCUCAUUUGGUAGACUUUGCAUAUCCAAAUUUGUUGCAAAACAUGUCAGAUUACAGAUAUUUUCAGAGUAGAGCAAUUCUUGCACCCACACUUAAGAGUGUCGAGAAGGUAAACGAUUUUGUCUUGACAAUCUUUCCAGGGAUGGAAAAGGAGUAUUUGAGCUCUGACACAACAUGUCAAGCUGAUGAGAAUGAAGAUGUAAAACAAGAGUGGUUUACCAGAGUUUCUAAAUGA